UGGACUGCAGGCUUUCUGGCCUAGAGAUUUCAGGGAAGUGAUCCGGACCCGGACCCGGACCCGGACGGGCAGGAUGUGUGGAGGGUCCCGGCCACACUGCGGGGGGAUCGAUGCCAAGUACCUGCUGCUGAAACUCACCCUGGGGAUCUUCGCGACAUUUUUCUGGCUGCUGGGACUCCUCAUCUUGUGUAUCGGUAUUUACGCAGAAGUGGAAAGACAGCGGAACAAGACAAUGGAUGGCUUCUUUAUUGCCCCAGCCAUCAUCCUGUUACUGCUGGGUCUGGGCAUGUUCACCGUCUCCUUUGUUGGCAUGAUUGGAGCUCUGCGAGACAACCAACUGCUGCUUAAAGUGUUUAAGUGGACGCUUGUCACCGUGGUGGUUCUGCAGUUAAUUUUCAUAAUCGUCAGCGUUUUGUGCCGCAAUAAGGUACUUUUGUUGUUCAAAGCCAACGUGCGUGAGGGGAUUAAAUACUAUUAUGACGACUUGGAUUUCAAAAAUAUUCUGGAUCGCAUCCAGAUCAAGUUUUCAUGCUGCGGGGGAGAUGACUACAUGGACUGGGCAGUGAAUCAAUACCAUGCUUGUGAUGCACCAGGACCACUGGCCUGUGGAGCACCAUAUACUUGCUGUGUGAGGAAACAGGGAGAUGUCAUCAACACUCAGUGUGGAUACCAGACACUGCAUCUAGAGCGUUCUGAGGUUGAUGGCAUCAUCCAUGCCCGAGGCUGUGUCGACGCAGUCAAUCUGUGGUUCAUGGAUAACAUUGGCAUCACAGCGGGAAUUCUUGCUGCCCUGCUCCUGCCACAGUUUGCUGGGAUUGUGCUGAGCUGUAUGUAUCUGAAGAUACUUUCACAACACAUGGAUGAACUGGAUGGGUUCAGAAUGGACAUUCCUUUUGAGCUGUUGGAUCUUUCAGGCGCUGGAUGGUGUCUGUGUCUACCGAGAGAGGGUGGCUACCAACAAUUACAAAGAGCUGACAGCAAUGCUGACUUCCCGGAUGAACUGGAUUCAGCCCAAGACAUGCAGCUGAUCAGCACAGAACAAGGAGAAGUGAUCGGACAAGAGAUCCCAAGUGUCAACUAGUGUCAAAGUCUGACACCUGCCAGUUCAGUGACACUGAACAGAUAUGCAGCAGCUUUGACAUUCUCCAUAUGUAAUUGGUUUAGUUAAAGUUGCCCAGGUGCAGGAGACAAUUUAUGCACUUCUUGGCAACAGUAUUCAGUCACCGUGAUAGCAAAAACCAAAUUACAACUGGAAACGAGCUCAGACUUGCUAUAUUUGGAGAAGAUGCUGUCAAUCCUGUGCAACUUGCUCAGCUCUUCCCCCCCCCCCCCAAUCCCAUGGGCAAUUCUGUGUCCCAUACAGCCUCAUACGUUGGAAAAUAAGUGACUGUUUUUAGGCAAGUGAUCAUCUGUAAAUUACACAGCGGAACCUGAUGGAGAAGUAACACCAGCUGGAAAUACAUAUAUCCAGUACUUGUGCACGAGCACUUUGCUGGCCUGCAAUCUCAGUUGUUGAUCUUGCUAUAACCACUGGAAGAGUUGCUGAGCAGGGACUUUUGAUUUGAGAUCAGCGAAUGCAACCACUAUUUUUUUAGAUUCCUCGUUUCAUCCAUUUAUUUAAAUCCUGCAACCCAAAGUUCCCAGUGCCAUGUAACUUUGUGUGUUUUCCAUUCUGGAUCAGCCAGUGUACGUUUUAUAUUACAAAUGGUUUUAUAUUCUCAUUGUGCUACUUUCUAUAGGUGGAAAGUCAGAGCAAGUGAAUAUUUGCAAGCCAGGUUACCCUCAGUCAUUAUCCGCACAGUGUUUCAGCUUUGCUGGUACUUGUAACUUUAAAAUUACAGUCAGAACAAAGCAACUUUUGUGAAUGUUACUUUCCAUCAUUUUAAUGUCAGUGGAGAAUGAACAUAUCUUCAGUGCUAUAAUUGAUUCAGCUCAAAUUCUAGGAGCAACAUGAUCUCUAUUUUCCCUCGUCAUGAGAUAACAUAGACUGAACAAACUAAUAUGACUGUGACCUGUGUGUGGUGGUCUAAUAUCUUUGGCAAAGGCAGCUACAGCAUACUAUUGCUCAGAUUUCAUUGUCUGUUGGCUAACUUGCCAUUUCACUCGCAGUUUUAUACCACAGUAAUACCGUGAUAUAUCCUGAACUUUACACCAUGGUCUUCCACUGAUUCAUCACCAAAUAACACAGUACCACAUCACAAUGCUCGGUUUUAUCUUGUGUCAUAAUUUUCAGCAUUCAUUAACACUGGAUUGGUGAGAAAUUGCCAAAUUUCCUUUUCAAUAAAAGGGAAAUAUCUUGAAAAUACUCAGCAGGUUCGGCAGCCUCUUCCUAAUAAAAGUCAACAUUGAUAAAAAGUCAUUGAUUUGAACUGUGAACUCUGUUUCUUCCUCCACACUUGCUGAGUAUCUCAAGCAUGUUCUGUGUACAUUUGAAGUUUCCAGCAUCUAAACUAUUUGAGGCUGUGUUCAUUGAGAAACCGGUGGGUUGGUGGCCUGCAGACAUUCAGCAUUGCACUUAAUACCUCUAUUCAUUGCACAGCUCCAGAUCAUUUCAGUCUCAGUUUGUUAGUUCUUUCGAAAAGGACCCAGAUGAGCAAUGUACGAUUUUCAGGUCACUGUCCUUUCUCCUCACAGAGUUGAAUUUGAAUCCAGCCCAGGUGUAGCAAUUCUACCUCUAUCCCUUCCGAUCUGCCAGGACAUAAUACAAGUUGACUUUACGCUAAACAGACAAGGAGGGAACACUUCAACAGUCAGGGACAUUUGGCCUCAGACGUUCAGGUGACCAUCCUCCAAGGUGGACUUUGGGAUAUGCAACAACGCAAAGUGGCCAAGCUGAGGCUGAUAGCAAAGUUCAGUAUCCAUAAGAAUGGCCUCAACCAGGACUUUGGGUUGAUAUCAGACUUCAGGUGACCCCCACUGCACUACACACACACACACACACACACACACACUCAUGCAGACCCUCUCUCAUUCACAAGCUCUCUCAAUUACGCGCCAUGGUUAGAUAGAUUGGACAGUGAGAGCCUUCUUCCUUGGAUGACAAUGGCUAGCUUGAGGGGACAAAGCUUUAAAUUGAUAGAUAUAGGUAAGAUAUAGGGUGAUAGAUAUAGGUAAAUGUCAGAGUAGUAGGGGCAUGAAACGCACUGCGUGCAACAGUAAUCAACUUGCCAACUUUACGCACAUUUAAAUGGUCAUUGGAUAGGCAUGUGGAUGAGAAUGGGCCAGAUUGGUUCCACAGGGUGGCGCAACAUCGAGGGCCAAAGGGCCUGUACUGCGCUGUAAUGUUCUAUGUUCUAUAACCUGGUGUUGUGUGAUUUUUAACUUAAUUCUAAUGGACAGUGGAGUAGGUUCAGUGAAGUUGCCAUAUUCACAGAGGAUCACUCCCCCACUAGAGAGAGAUGACCGUUGAGGUAUUUGAGCUGAAGAUCAUUGUGUCUCAGACAUGGGACAAGGUUGAGAAGGCAGGGUGUUCGUGGUAAUCUCAGCCAGUGCAGAAAUUGAACCAAUGAUAUUGGCAUUAUUCUACAUUAUAAACCAACAAGCCAGCCAACCAAUGAAUGGUAUUCAUUGUGAUGAAUGGUACUGGGAAUGGUCAUUUAUUCUGACAUCUGCCUGCUUGAAACUGACACUCCUUAUUCAUAAUGAGCACCCAAAUUCACCUUCAAAGAAGGUGGAUCACAAAGCAGUAUGUCUAUAAUAGAAUGGAAGAUGGGAGAGAUAAAUGAUAGAGGAAUAAUGUAGCAAGACAGAAAGAAGUGAGAAUGGGCUGGAUGAGAAAAUAAGAGACAUGUCUUAGGAAGAGGUAGAAGCAGGAAUAACAGAAUUGUUACCAAAAUUUGCUGUUAAGAACAGGUUCUAAAAAUAAUCCAGGGUGAUAGAAAUUGUUAACCAGAAAGAGUAUAAUUUGGUUGCAGUAUGUUCAAUGCAUGAGAUUGUAGCUUUUUAAUAAGGAAGGGUGAAGGCUGAUAAUACACAGCCUUUAAUGUGAUGUCUGGGAUUGUAAUCAAUUUUUCUUCUCCUCGUUUAUGACCAACCUUAGCAAAUUAAAUAAAUCAAGUCGUUUUCAUUGGUGCUCACUAUUGGUUGGAUUCCCUUGUGUGAGAUUAUACCAUUGAAAGACAGAAAGCAAGUGGAAAGCUCCCAGGAGAUUGUUUUCACAGAGAAUUCAUUUGAGUGAUAGAGAAGAUAAAGAUCGAUGAAGAAGUAAAGACUUCAUACGCACAGAGAGGAACUCUUUCAGUCACCUCCCCCUCUCAGACAAAUUUAAUCAAUCUUACAGCAAUUUAAAAUUGGAACGUGCCAUGAAAUUUAAGAAGGAACUGAAUCAACAAUUGACUAGUUGAGUGACUGAAGAGUAUGAGAUAUAGUAGAGUGUGGUUAUCAAAUUUUAGUGGCAGAGUGGAUUCAUGGUCCUCUCCAUUCUGAUAAGCAUUUGGAAAUGCCUGCAAUCCUUAUUCAAAUUUGGUUUUAGGCUUGAUCAACUUGAAAUGCAGGGGCUAGAUGGCUUCAUUGUAUUUGAUACAAACUUAAAGCCUUGGAGCUCACUGUGAAUAUCUGUGCCCACUUCUAUGUAAUGUGUCAGUCCUUUUGAGCAGCAGUGAUGGAUCUAAAUGUGACCAAGGCUUUUCUGGGAAAAUAGACGUGCUUGGAAAAUAUGUUAAAAUUAUUCUUGCACUAGAGGGUAGUGUAAAGAAGAUGCACUAACAAGAUGCUUGAUUUUCUUCCAAAACCAGAAUGGAAAUGUGAAUCUUGUUAUGUUGAGAUAUCUUUGUUUUUACAAAUGAAAAACUGAAAUUGUGUGUUGAAGUUUAA